GCUCGCUUCGCGUUUUGCAGCAUCCAAGGCCUUGUGUGGCCAUUAUUUCUACAAACAAGCUUAUAUUUAGUGACCUGAGUUUGAAAGCAAGGAAAAUGGCGUCCCUGUCGGUCCGUCCUUUCUCAGCUCAGUCGACACAGCUGAGGCGCCAAGGGAGGCGAUGCACACGCGUCUUGAUGCCGCCUGUGGCAGCAUCUAAAGGCUUUGGUGAACAGAAGAAGGAGCAGGCGAAGCCGCAGCCCGCGCAGCUCCAGCAGCAGGCGGCGCAGCAGCCUGAGCCGGCGUCCGCGCCGGCCCCCGCGCGUCGCGCCGUGGUCCGCGAGACGCCUCAGAUUGUUGUUGACCGCAUGUUCCGCCGUAUCCUGGUCUUCACCGGCGUGCCGGUAUUCACCGGCAUGGCGCUGUUCCCGCUCUUCUACUACCUGCGGGUGGUGAUGGAUAUCGAGUACCCGCUGUGGAUUGUCUACGUGUCCCAAGUUCUGACGUUCGGCGGCGGCCUGUUCGGCAUCACGUACGGCGCUCUGUCGGCGUCGUGGGACCCCACGCGCGAGGGCAGCGCCAUGGGCUGGUCGGAGAUGCAGGCCAACCUCUCUAUCCUGCUGAACCGCAACAAGCAAUGAGCGGUAUGCUGGCGACUGUGCGGUAGCUUGCCACCGCGCAGGAGGAGCAGAGGCGCAGCGGGCGUGAGCAGGCGAGCAGUUGUGUGGAGGGCUGGGGUCAUCGUGGCUGGGAAGCACUUGAGCUUGGAGCCAGGGACGGCUGUGUUCGGACAAGAAUCUGCCUGUCGGCUGCGUUGAUCCCGUUGCUCCGACAUUUUGGGCCAUAACUGGAACGACACGUGACCUUGAGUGGACACUGGUAGGCAGUAAGACCAGCAGGUGUAGUUGUAGGUGGGUCCUGACACGGGUUCGGGAAUGAUGUUACAGCGUAUGUUGCUGUUAUUGUUACGUACUGCGCGCACCGCGUGCGCGUUUUGCGAGUGUGCCUCAGCCUGAGUGAACUGGGAGCAGUGAAUGCACCUGUAAAGCAUGGAAACGGCCUGAGUCCCUCGACACAUUGACCCUUUUGGUGCGGCCUUUUGCGCCCACAAACACACCCCACACCGGGUCCCCAGCAAUGAGAACAUCACCAAGCACCUGCGGCCUGCAGUCUAAGCAAUUCUUGGUCACGUGACGCGCCGUCCUUCCUUACUCACGCCCAGCAGAGAGAGUCCCCAAACCAUUGUACUCCUUGCUCCAUCGCGUUAGUUGCCCCACGGCCACCCGAGGAUCGCCCAAACGCACAAGCAAAUCAAAUCAGCGCAUCCCCAGCUUCGACCCACACAACGAUACCAAACAGCCUGGGCUGCCUGUGGCAUGUGUGACAAGCACCUGUCUGAUGCCAAGCAGGAACCGUCAAUCACACCAUGCCCUUCGGCGACUAUGCAAAUAAUGCAAGUCCAUGCGCAUCGAGUUUCGGCAAUCCCAAUACUGUUAUGGCUUGGUCAACAACCGCGAUCCUCACGCCAUGUGCUGGCUCACACAGGCCUUGCCCAGCACGCUGUAGCACGGAGCAACACAUGCUAGCUCGCAGAAAGCCUUGCCCAACACAUUUCAAACGAUAUGGGUAAGCCACUUGAGUGGCAAAAAAGAAUGCGUAUGCGCUGAGACCAUGGGUGACCCCUCCCACGUGUGCUGCGCUGUCACCCCAUCAUGCAAUGUCACAAACGGCGACACCAGCCCACGUUCGUUAUGUUGAGGCUCUCUGCAUUUCCAGUCCCGACCAACAAGUAGAACCGUAUCCAGCUCAGAGCAAGCACUGAUUAACCAAGGCAACUAUCAACAACGCUUCCUUUCUUAAGCCCUUAGCCCGCAUGCCACAUCCUCCUGCGGCGGCUGCCUGUCACCUUGCAGCAUCCGGCACUCAAGUUGCCGUCACCUUCCUCGUUAGGCUCUCGUGGCCUCCGCGUCUGCGGCCUCCGCCUUGAGCGGCACCACCUGCUUGGCGGCGGCCUCUGCGGAGGCUGAGGACGCGGAGUCGGCGCGUGAGGCCGCCACCUUGGGCAGCUCCAGCUCCAGAGCGGCGGCCUUGCCGGACAGGUCCCCGGAGGUGCCCGUCUCCACAGACUCGUCAGCACUGCGGUGCAU